CCACAUGCACCGGCACUUCAGCCAGCAAGAUGGGUCGCCGACCCGCAAGAUGUUACCGCUACUGCAAGAACAAGCCGUACCCCAAGUCGCGGUUCUGUCGUGGUGUCCCCGACCCGAAGAUCCGCAUCUUUGACUUGGGCCGCAAGAAGGCGCGGGUGGACGAGUUCCCGCUGUGCAUCCACCUCAUCUCGAAGGAGUUUGAGCAGAUCUCGUCCGAGGCGCUGGAGGCUGGCCGCAUCUGCGCCAACAAGUACCUUGUCAAGACCUGCGGCAAGGACGCUUUCCACCUCCGGAUGAGACUCCACCCCUUCCACGUCAUCCGAAUCAACAAAAUGUUGUCGUGUGCUGGCGCUGAUAGGCUGCAGACGGGGAUGCGUGGUGCCUUUGGCAAGCCCCAGGGCACAGUCGCCAGGGUGAAAAUUGGCCAGAAGAUCAUGUCAGUGCGCGCCAAGGAGCAGCACAAGGAGAACGUCAUCGAAGCGCUGCGUCGUGCCAAGUUCAAGUUCCCCGGCCGCCAGAAGGUUCGCUGUGCUUUUUUUUCCCCCCAUAGCAGCAUUUUUGUUAGCAGUGUGCUGGGACGAGAUCGCGCAAGCAUCUGGCUUUCCAAACACUCACUUGCGCUCUAGUGGUUCGCCGGUGCCGUGCUUUUGUCGGCAUGGCGAGGUGGGAGCGUGGAUUGAACAGUGCCUACUCGGUGACGCACAAGGCAAAGCAAAUGGUUGGAAAGUGAGAUGCAUGGAUGAUCUUGCCCUACAGCGCCACACAGUUGACUUCCAUUCAUUCAACCUUGACGGGACUGACAAAAUAUAUAGAAUUAUCUGGCAAAUUUUAGCAAAAUACAGAAAUACCAGAACACGCCGCCGAAUCAAAUAUGCGCCCACUUUCUAUGGAGGGACCUGGUUCCCGGAUAAAAAGUUACGUUGUUUACUCUGGACAUGAAAUUUUCAGGAAAUAUUCAAUCUUGUGUGCUGCUGAUAACAAAUAUGCAAUUAGUUUUUUAAGCGAAGCUUUUUAUAGGCUCACGGGUGUCGGCGGUGGUGGUGUUCGCUGAAAAGUGGGCUGAUCCUGGUGAUAGUGCAGAAAGGGACCAAGCUCAAUGUUACAGGGACCUGUAACACGUCCUUGAACUACCCUUGUCACACGUGGUACCUAAAUAGACAAAAUCACCAGCCCUUCUCUCGAGAAAAUGGGGGUCAGUGAAGCUUGUCGUCCGAUUCUAGCGUGAGGGCUUUCGAAGCCCAGGCGACGCAUGAGCAAAGAGCCUCGGACCCUGAGUUGCGGGAGCGCAAUGUUGAGGCCAAACAUCAAUGAAGAGCCGCCGAGCUUGAGUUUAGGGCAAACGAAGCGGAACGCCUGUGAGUGUCGUCUUGCCGCAAGCUUUGCUUACCCCCAUUUUCUUGACGGGAAGGGCUCUGAAUUUUUCCAAGUCAGUUUAAAAAAAGUUGCAGUCAUUUUGUUAUAAAUUUUAGAUGUGACUUGCAAAAAAUGCACUGCACCAAGAGAGCUAAAAUUAAGCAGCUAUCUUCCUGAAUAUUAAAAGAGUGCAAGUUUGCAUUUUAAUGUUAAACUAUUUUAGCUGAAGUUAUGAAAUCCUUAAGUUGCAACUUUGCAAAUGUAAAUUUUUAUUGGUGAUAUCCGAUUUCAAAAUGUUGCGGUGUCCUAAAACACUAUCAUGGCUUUCGUGCACUCUAA